UUCAGUAUUGAAAACAGUAUACAUUCUUUCUUGUAUGAGUGGAUCAAGAAACUUUGAUGGCUAGAGGAUCCAAGAAAUAUUCUACUGAAAGAUAUCCUCACCUGAAGCCUGCAGUUGGAGUGAAAGAUUCUGUUCCUAAUAAAACAGGAGAAAUGAAGAAUUUACAAAGAUUGAAAUCAGAUCCUUCAGACUGGGAUUCUACUUGUUUGAGCCUCAAUAAUGAGACUGGUCAAAGAGCCGAGCAUUUGAAAGUUGAUAAAUGUUCUUUGGUAUCACAAUCAGUGACCACAAACCAGUCAGCACCCACAGAACUGAGGCAGACGGCCCUAGUAGGUAAAGACCGGAUGACUAUUGAAGCCGUGUCUCUGUCAGAAAAUGCAGCGCUCCGUGGCGUGUGUGAAUCACAGCUGCCAGAGAACAGAAGCAGGAAAGAAGCAGACAGAGACUUUACAAAAAGAAGCAGGGACCAUGACCAAAGAUAA